GGCGUUGUUUGUGCUUCCAAACGAGCCAAAAAUUGUAAUAAACAUUAACAUUAGGUCGAACAUUGAAACGAAAAAUACGGGAAAAUGUCGGGAGAAGGUGCUUCGGGCUCGGAGUCAUUUGAUAAUUACUAUCAGGAGGUAAAGAAAAUUGAAGCCCGCGAUUCAGUUUUAACGUCUGAGCAACAAAUCAACCGUUUAUUACGUCCUGGAUCAACCUAUUUCAAUUUAAAUCCAUUCGAAGUACUUCAAGUCGAACCAGAAUUGACUGUGGAUCAAAUCAAAAAGAAAUACCGUAGUCUAUCGUUCUUAGUGCAUCCAGAUAAGAAUCAAGAGAAUCAAGAACGUGCUCAAUUGGCCUUUGAAGCAGUGAACAAAGCAUGGAAAACACUGGAGAAUGAAGUUACACGCAAAAAAUGCUUGGAUAUCUACGAAGAGGCUAAAGAUCGCACAGACCACAUGAUUUCAGAGAAGCGUAAAAAGCUGAAAAAGGAAGGCAAAACCAAUGAACCUAUCCCAGAAGAUGAUGCAGACAAGUACAAACACGCCGUUUAUGUAAUGGUUAUGAAGCUUUUUGCCGAUAUGGAACGUCGUCGUCAGCAGUUGGAAACGCGUGACAUGGAAGAAAGAAAGCGAAAAAGAGAGACUGAAAUCGAGGAAGAAGAGCGUUCAAAGGCUGACAAUGAAUGGCAAAAGAAUUUCGAAGAGUCUCGACAAAGCCGUGUGAACAGUUGGCAUGACUUCCAAUCGGGAUCUGGAUCGAAAAAGAAGAAAUCAAAAAAAGAAAAGAAACCAUAUUCAUUCAAUCCGCCAAAAUUCAAGCCAGAAACGCGAUAAAUUUGACCAUUUUGAUACAUAAAAAAGCGCAACAAAAGAGGAUAAACUCAUACACACACGUUGAUUGAACAUACCUUUUUGGAAUUGUCUCCCUUAUAAAAAAGAGUAAUUGUAUUUAAUUGAAAUUAGAGUUUCUAAUUCUAGAAUAAAAAUGUAGCAUAGGACUGAUUAAUUCGAAGAAAGUUAAUUCGAAAGUUAUUACAAAAAAAUCAAGGACAUUUACAUUUUAUCAUCAUCAACAAACCACAACAGAUAUUUAAAUAGGGCCAUUUUUUGAAGUGCGUAAUUUUACCGAUAAACAAGAAAAUUUAAAUGUAAAAUGUGACUCAAUGUUAAUUAUAUUAAAGCAAUAAAUUUUCGAAUCAAAAUAUAAA